AUGUCGGAGGAAAAAGACGUUGUCGUCGACUACUCUCUCAACAACCCCGAUACCCUGACCAAGUACAAGACGGCCGGUCAGAUCUCGGAAAAGGUUCUCGCCGAGGUUUCCAAACUUUGCGUCCCUGGCGCCAAGAUCGUCGAGGUCUGCCAGAAGGGCGACAAGAUUCUUGAGGAGGAGGUCUCCAAGGUCUACCGCGGCAAGAAGAUCAGCAAGGGCUUUUCCCACCCCACCACUGUCUCGCCUGCUUCAUAUGUUACUCCUUAUACUCCCCUGACUUCCGACGAGACCGAGGCUGCCCUCGAAAUCCAGCCCGGCGAACCCGUCAAGAUUCAGCUCGGUGCCCAAAUUGAUGGCUUCGGUGCCAUUGUUUGUGACACCGUCAUCGCCAAUCCUGCCGACAAGGAAAACGACACCAUUACUGGCCGCUCGGCCGACCUACUCUUGGCAACUCAUUACGCCAACGAACUGCUCCUGCGGCUGAUGGUCCCGCCUGGUCUGCUCGCACAGGGUACCGAGGAGGAAAAAGCAAAGGCUGCCUCGCAAAAGGCUCCCACUCAGUCCAAGAUAUCCGCCCUUUUGGAGAAGGUUUGCGAGAGCUACGGCUGCAACCUUGUAGAAAGCACCACCUCGUGGCUUUUUGACCGCAACGAGAUCGAGGGCACCAAGAAGAUCGUUCUCGCUCCUCAGGAUGGUGGCAAGGGCGACGGCACUCCCGCCACUGCCGAGGUGUGGGGUGUCGAGAUGGGCGUUUCUCUCGGUUCCGGCAAGUGCAAGACCUUGGAUGGACGCUCUACCCUGCAUCGCCGCACCACCCAGACAUACGGUCUCAAGCGCCCUACCUCCCGCAAGAUCCUCUCCGAGGUUCAGAAGAAGUUCGGAACCUUUCCGUUCAGCUUGAGACAGCUCGAGGACGAGCGUGAUGCCAAGUCUGGCGUUGUUGAAUGUGUCCGCGGCAAUGUUUUCCGACAGUACGAACUUGCUGGUGACAAGGACAAUGCCCCAGUUGCUCGUCUGCUCACCACCAUCGCCAUCACCAAGAACGGCAUCACCAAGCUGGCUGCCGCUCCUGCUUUGGACCUUGGCAAGGUCAACUCGGACAAGAAGAUCACGGAUGAGGAAAUUCUGAAAAUCUUGGAGCAGCCACUAUCCAGAAACACUGGAAAGAAGAGCAAGAGCAAGAAGAAGAAGAAGCCCGCCAAGAAGGCCGCCGCCGCCGCCCAAGACUCGGAUGACGAGUCGGAUGACAGUGACGAAUAA